GGAUUUAUAUGAUACAACGUUUUCUCUACACCAGAGCGUAACAAAGGCAAACAGAAACGCUGUAGACGUCCGAUACGUCCCUGGAUCAAAAGUGAAAUCUCGCUGGUACUUCGUUCCUUCGAGAUCACGAUCUUAGUUUGGUUUCGUUCCUGCCGACAAGCUAACGUUCGUCGAUCUAUCGAACGCUGUUCAAUCCUUCCAACUCGCGUUUUAACACUUAAUUCCGAUAUCUCUUUCUCUCUACUCGACGACUGUUCCUGUACUACAAAAACAAAAACAUCAGUGACACAGGAAUUAUCGAUUAUCUCACGAGUAUUCUUCUAAUUAAUUUCUUCGAGGAAUCAUUGUAUACCCGCCUCAGAGAUUUAUCUCGGGCUGUAGCUACCACAAGUGAUCACGACUAAAGAAGGAUAGAAGCUCUCUGUUUUCAUAACGGUUUUAAUCAUCUUUACACCUGAUAACCGAAAAAAACCGUGGAUUAAGAGGCGGAGUACGAAGCUCGCUAAAUCGUCGACUACUUGAGCGACGAUAUGUCGACGAUCAACCCGGAAUUAACGGUGCGACGACCGAUCUAUCAACAGGAUGAGCUUAAUCACUUGUACAAGUAUGCAAAGCCAAAUGCAACAUUUGCGAAGAAUUUUUCAACAAGAUGCAAGAAAAUCAAACCAAUGACGGUUGUAAAGAAUUCCAUACCACUUAUUGGCUGGAUGUCGGCGUACGAUUGGAGAAACGAUAUACUAGGCGAUAUCAUUGCUGGAAUCACUGUCGCUGUAAUGCAUAUCCCUCAAGGAAUGGCAUACGCAAUACUGGGCAACGUGCCUCCGAUCGUCGGCAUCUACAUGGCGUUUUUCCCUGUUCUCGUUUAUUUCUUCCUCGGCACGUCCAAACAUAAUUCAAUGGGUACCUUCGCUCUGAUCUGCAUGAUGACUGGAAAAGUGGUCGCGACUUACAGCUCCCAAGGACAAUACAAGAAUGGCACUAUGGAGGCUGAGAUGUUGUCCUCUACUGGCAAUACAUAUUCCCCCGUGGAAGUCGCCACCGCUGUCACUUUCACCGUAGCCUUGAUUGAGUUGGUAAUGUAUCUACUGCGAUUAGGAGUAAUAGCUACUCUCCUGGCUGACAGUCUUGUAAGUGGCUUCAUCACCUCUGCAGCGAUUCAUGUAUUCACGUCACAGGUGAAAGAUCUGCUAGGACUGAAAAACCUGCCUAAGCGCAAAGGUGCCUUCAGAUUGAUCCUCAGUUACGUGGAUUUCCUCAAUAACAUUAAAUCCAUCAAUGGGAUUGCUCUCUUACUAUCUACCGCCACCAUUUUGAUUCUCGUCAUCAACAAUGUUUUAAAGCCAAGGAUUUCGAAGCUGAGUCCUUUCCCGAUCCCCAUAGAAAUGCUGGUGGUUAUAAUCGGCACGGUCUUUUCGGUGUACCUAAAUCUUGCGGACGUUUAUGGGAUUACCAUAGUCGGUGACAUACCAGUCGGUUUACCAGUUCCGACCUUGCCACCGUUAUCUUUGAUGCCAAAUAUUCUACUGGACAGCUUUGUGAUUACCAUGGUGUCCUACACCAUAUCUAUGUCUAUGGCGUUGAUCUUCGCGCAGAAGUUAAACUACGAGGUGGACUCCAAUCAGGAACUAAUGGCACAGGGCGUUGGAAAUCUAGUUGGAUCCUUCUUCUCUUGCAUGCCAUUCACAGCUUCACUCUCUAGAUCUUUGAUCCAGCAGACUGUCGGCGGACGGACUCAAUUAGCCAGUCUGAUAUCUUGUGGAAUUCUAAUUAGUGUACUUCUAUGGAUCGGUCCAUUCUUCGAGCCUUUGCCACGGUGCAUUUUAGCCAGCAUCAUAGUGGUGGCUCUAAAAGGGAUGAUAAUGAAGGUGACUGAGUUUAAGAGGUUCUGGAAACUGGAUAAAAUGGAUGGAACUAUCUGGGCGGUAACGUUCACAACAGUGAUCAUAUUGGAUGUGGAAUAUGGCCUUCUGAUCGGGAUUAUGCUCUGCAUUGGAAAAUUAAUCCUCUUUUCUGUUCAACCUUACACCUGCUCGCUCGCUCUAGUACCUGGUACCGAGCUUUAUCUGGAUAGCGCGAGAUAUAAAGGCACUGUCGAGGUGCCUGGCAUAAGAAUAUUUCACUACUCGGGCAGCUUGAACUUUGCUUCCCGGCAGCACUUUCGUGAUGAAAUAUAUAGAAUCGCUGGACAAGCACCACAGAAGGAAUCGAAUGGAAGCUUCAGACACGACGAAUUGAAAGAGGUUAAAAAACUGAGGACCCUCAUACUGGACCUCAGUUCGCUGAGUCAUAUAGAUCUGGCAGGAGCAACGACCCUGGGAAACCUGAUCAAUGAGUACUGCGAAAUUGAUAUUCCAGUAUAUGUUGCUGGCUGUUCCGGACCUGUGUAUGAGAUGAUGAGAAAAUGCAACCUGUUGGAAUAUAAAAGCGGUCUAUUCGCCGCAUUUCCCACCGUAGCUGAUGCGGUACAUUUUGCAAAGUGCAAUUCAGAACUGACCAUACCUGCCUGGAGUUCGUCAAUAUUCGAGGAUACGUCUGUUGCCAGGCUUUGAUUGAAGAUACUUAUAGUGACUGCAUGU